UUUAGCUCAAAUCUCAAGUGGGUCAUUUGAUUUUCUGCAAUUUAUGCUCGGAAUUUGUGUUUUUGUAUAGAAUUGAAGUUUAUUAGGACUAGUUUCUUAUAAUUCACCACACCCAUGAAGAGCUUUCUGGAAUUACAACUUAUUCAGUUUUGCUCCAAGUAGUGUUUGUUUUAGUCUAUGAGAGGGUGGUUAGAAACCAGUUCCCUGGUCAACGCGAGAUUUAGAUGAAGAACAUGUGAAGAUAUAAAGACACAAAUGCUGAAAUGGGAGAUAGGUCGACGCAGAUAUGGUUGAUCAGUGGGUUCUGGGAUGAAUUUUGAGUUGGGAUUAUUCUAUCUUUGCAGAUUUUGAAAUUUUCUUUUUGUUUUCUAGAGAGUUGUUUUCUAGAGGGACUUAACGUUUCGUUCAUCUUGAAGAAGAAGAUUGACAUCAUGAGUGCCGAAUUGGAAUCAUCUGGGAGGAAGGAGGUGGAAGUUCAUUUUGUAAAUGCUGGUGUCCCUUGCGUAGUCGAAGAGAAUUUCGAUGGGCAUUACCUCGAACAUGGUGAUCUUUCCAUUGAAGAGGUUCUCCAAGAUCAGGAAAUCAUGUACCAGUCACUCCAGACUAGCACUGGAAAUGAUUUGACAAGAGCUUCAUCAAGUGCAGAUUCUAGUUCUGAUCAUGAACAAAGUGGACGUGAAAGGACUAUAGAAAGAGAGGGAGAAUCCUCAUCCACUGUUAAUCUUGAGUCGCAAUUAGCAUUGGAUGAAGCUCUUGCAAGAGCUUUGCAAGAUAUGGAGAAUCAACUUGAUGUUGUUUCCUUAAGUGAAACUACUGGAACCAAUAAUGAAAUCACCCCCUCGUCAUCUUCCACGGUUAACAGAGAACCCAACUCUGCAGAUACCACUGCUCUGGAAUUGCAAUCACUAGGAGAAGCCAUUGGCACUGAGAAUCGAGGACUGUCAGAAGAGCUUAUUUCCUUCCUGCCAUCUUUCAAAUACAAAACAAGCCUUUUCUCGAGAAAAGAAAAUCAUGAGGAAUGCGUCAUCUGUUGUAUGCCGUACAAGAACCGAGACAGUUUGAUCAAAUUGCCUUGUCAGCAUCAAUAUCAUUCAAAUUGUGUUACUCAGUGGCUGAAACUCAAUAAGGCAUGCCCAGUUUGCAGUGAGGAGGUAUUUGGGUCUUGAUUAUGACAAAGCUGCAAUGAAGGGAAAUGAGCUUAGUUUUACUGUAAAUAGCUUGUCUUAAUUGGAAUAUAAGACAAGGAGAAGAAUAAUAGUAUUAUAUAUAACUUGGGCUUGGAAGUUUAUAAAUGAUAUCAUGGCUCAUGAGAGCUCUAGUUGUAAUUUAUGCUAUUUGUUGAAACAACAUGUUGACGGGCCUGAUAUGUAAUAAUGCUGUUUAUUGUUUAUAUGUUUCAUAUCUGAUUAUAUCUU